GAAACAUGUGGUUGACUUGUUGGGUUUUGGUGAGAAUGGAACCCGGACCUGCAUACAUGCUAGGCAGAAGCCCUGCCACGUACUUCUAUGUGUUUUUAAAAUAUAAAAUUUCUAGUGUCUAAAACUAGGCCAUGCUAAAUAAAUUUAUUCCAAACUUGGGCACAGCUAGAAUUUGAUCUUUUUAAAGUAUCCAAGUAUUCCAGCUAAACUUCAUGAUUCAAAGACUAAGAACCAUAAUGGAAUUCUUUUAAUUUGUAUUAUUCAUUCUCAGGAAAGAAUAGUAAAAUCAGGACCUACCACAGCUUUGAUUCUGUUGCCUAAGGAGAGGCUCUGCUUUAUUGGUUCCCUCUGUAGAGCCUCAGGAUCCUCACUGGUUCCCUCAUGGCCAGGAGAGCCCCAUGCUGCCACCAUUAUAGCCCUAGUUGCUGCCUUACAUUUCCUGUUCUUCCCUCCCAAGAAUUGUGCUUCUUAGUAAAACCUGUUGAGACUCUCAAGGAGCCAUAGGGAUGGCAUUUCUUUAGAAGAUUCCUUUUUUUCCUUUUUGUUUUUCCCAUGAUCCCUAUGGCUACCAAGUUCUUCCAACCUCUCAUGGAGAGGCUGAGUCUCUCCUGCUGAGGAGACGACAGGCAUGGCCCAGCCCAGCCCUGAAGCCAGGGUCAGAUUCCAGGAGCACCACUGGGCCUCACUCCUCAGCUCCGGCUCACCUCCACCACUCUCUUAUUCAGGUUUCACAGACAUUUCACCAGAGGAGUUGAGGCUUGAAUACCAUAACUUCUUAACCAGCAAUAACUUACAGAGCUAUCUAAACUCUGUUCAACAGCUCGUAAGUCAGUGGAGAAAUAGGAUAAAUGAACUGAAAAAUCUAAAUAUGUCAACCAAAGGAGCGCUGCUCUCUGAUGUAAAGGAUGGGGUCAGUCAAGCAGCACCUGUGUUUGGAUUUGGAAGUAAACAAGCAGGCACGUUUGGGUCAGCAGGUUUUCCAGUGAAUAACAGCAGCAGCAAUACUGUUCAGAACUUUAGUUUUAAAACUAGCCCUGGACUUGUUACUGCUCCUUCUGGAAGCACAUCAGUGUUUGGAAGUCACCCAGCCUUUGGGGCUAGGCCCUCUGCUGGCUCCAUCAUCUCUUCCUCCACUCCAGUCUUUGGACUUGGGAAACCUGAAACCACAUCUGCUGCGUCAUUUUCAUUCAAGAGCCCUGAAGCUCCCACUUUUGGAUCACCUGGGUUUUCAGGAUUUCCAGUAUCCAUGGCAACAAGUCCCUUUGGCCCUGCAACAGCCCCUGCCUUCGGAAGUGGCAGUUCUAUGGCUGGGUUUGGCAGUCCUAGCCCACAUUCUCAGGCUGGAUUUGCUAAACCUUCCACUGACAUGUUUGGAGGUAGUGGCUUAUCUACCUCUGUCCCAGUCUCCAAUGCCACUGAUAACGCACUGUUCACUCCCAGGGAUCAGCUGACGAAGGAAGAACUGGAACAGUUUCAAUCCCAGAAAUUUACCCUGGGAAAAAUUCCACUGAGGCCACCACCUAUCGAGCUUCUGACUAUAUAAAGGUCAGAUUUAACCACAGAAAGAAUGCCUUUAGCCAGGCAUGUCGUGCAUGCCUACAGUCUGGGAAGCGGAGCAGCGGAACGCCACAAAUUCAGACCAGUGUGGACACACAGAGUAAAUAAGAGACCAGCAGCUCUGUGUGGGACCCUCCAAGAGAAAGAUCUGAGUGGCUUUUAAAGUUGUGUUUUUAUAGUGCUGUGGGUCACACUGAGGCCUCCACGCAGGCAAGGCGAAUUCUACCUGACCCGUACUCCAUCCUUAACCAUGGCUUCUGAGAUUGUCUUAAAUGAGUUUAUAUAUAUACUUAAGUGAGUUUAUAUAUAUAUAUAUACAUAUAUAUAUACACAUAUAUACAUAUAUAUGUAUGUGUGUGUAUAUACACACACAUAUAUAUAUACAUGUGAUAUAUACAUAUAUAUAUCACAUAAGCUUUCAGAAACUUAAGGCAUUUUAAAGUUUAACUUUUCUAACCACCCAGCUAAAUAAAGGACAACCAAAAAAGUCAAUAAG